GCUCAUUUCAUUUCAUGACUUGCUUAAUUUUUUCUGUUUUUUGUUUUCUGUUUUCAAUGAAAAACAAAAUUCUUUAAAUUAAUUUUCUUUAUUCGAAAAUAAAAUGAGCAAUAUGAAUCAAGAUUUAGAAGAGACGGGAGAAUCGAAAAAGCUACAGGAUCAACAAAGAACAGAAAAUCUGAAUAAUAAUAAAAUGGAUAUUGUUAAAAAUGGCGAUAUUAUUAACAAAGGUGAUGAUGUUAAACAUGAAAAGAAUAAUAAAGAAAAAAAUCAGGCUAUUUCGAAUGUACCAACACAGCCUUCAUCAUCAUCGAAAAAUUCGGCCGAAACAAUGCAAGAUUUGAAACGUGCUCUUGAUCGAUUACAACUAAAAUCGGCUGCAAUGGGACUUGGAACCGGUAUCGAUCAACCAAAAUCACGUGAAGAUGCAUUGAAAAAAAGAUAUGAUUUUUGGGAAACACAACCAGUUCCAAAAUUGAAAGAAGAUGAUCCACCUGCCGAUCUAAAUGCACCGAUUCAUCCACCAAUUGAACCGGAAAAAAUUCCUAAAGAAUGUUUUAAUUUACCAUCAGGUUUUCAAUGGGUUAGUUUAGAUUUGGAUAAAGUAGACAGUGAAGAAAUGUUUGAAUUAUAUACAUUGUUGGCCGAAAAUUAUGUUGAAGAUGAUGAUAAUAUGUUUAGAUUUAAUUAUUCACGUGAAUUUCUUCAUUGGGUAUUACAAGCACCUGGUUGGAAUCCUGAUUGGUUUGUAGGCGUACGUGUAUAUAAACCGGAUCAGAAAAAGAAAGGUAAAUUAGUUGGAUUUAUUAGCGCAAUUCCAUCAACAAUUCGUGUAUAUGAUAAAGUGUUGGAAACUGUUGAGAUAAAUUUUCUUUGUGUUCAUAAAAAACUUCGUUCAAAACGUAUGGCACCAGUAUUGAUUAGUGAAAUAACACGUCGUGUACGUUUGAAAGGAAUAUUUCAAGCAUUAUAUACUGCCGGUGUAUUUCUGCCGAAACCAAUUUCAACAUGUCGUUAUUUUCAUCGUUCAUUAAAUCCAAAAAAAUUGAUUGAAGUUGGUUUUUCACAUCUAACACGUAAUAUGACUAUUGCACGUACAGUAAAAUUAUAUCGAUUACCUGAACAGCCAAAAUUAUCCGGUUUACGACAAUUUGAAUUGAAUGAUAUUAAACAGGUUCAAAUAUUAAUGAAUAAAUAUAUGGAAAAUUUUGAUCUGGUGCCUUUAUUUUCCGAAGAAGAAAUGGCUCAUUGGUUACUUCCACGAACCGAUGUUGUCGAUUCAUAUGUUGUUGAGCGGACCACCAAUGAAAAUAAUGAAGAAGAAAAAGAAAUAAUCGGUUUUUUUAGUUUUUAUAUAUUACCAUCAACAGUUAUGGAUCAUAAACAAUAUAAAGAAAUUCGUGCUGCAUAUUCAUUUUAUAAUGUACCAAGUGAACAUUGUACAUUAUUAGAAUUGAUGCAUGAUGCAUUGAUUAUUGCAAAAAAUACUAAUCUGGAUGUAUUCAAUGCACUCAAUCAAAGAGAUAAUGAAGUAUUUUUAAAAGAAUUAAAAUUCGGUGAAGGUGAUGGUAAUCUACAUUAUUAUCUAUUCAAUUGGAAAUGUCCACCAAUGAAACCGGAAAAAGUUGGAGUCGUUUUACAAUGAAAAAAAAAUGUUUUUUUUUG